UAUAAUGUUUAAUUAUUUUUGUGACAAAUUAAGUCCGUUUUAAUAUUUAUAUAUAUAUAUUUUUUAAUUAUAUAUAAACCCGAAAUAAAUGUAAUUGUUUGUAGUUCAUUAUUUGAAAAAUAUUAGGAAAGAGGUAACAUAUCAUUUUGAAAAUUGUAAGUGACAUCACGUUGACAUCUUUAAAUUUAAAAAAUCCUAAAAAUCAUACGAUAUUAGUAAUAUGAUUCAUUCUCAAGGAACAAAGAACUGAAAAUAUUAGUGUAAUAUCUACAAAAUAUAAAAUUGUACAUACAGUCAGUUCGUUUAUCUAAUGGAUAGUUAUGAGUAAAUCUCAUCGUGAAUUACAUCCUUUGCUUUGCGAUGAGUAUUCAGAUCAGGAAGUUCAUACAUCAAGUCCCAAGUAUCAUAAACGAUAUUCAACCUCCUCUGGCAGAGCUAGAGCACAAGUAAAGGGUGCUGCGGCUAUUCUUAAUCGUUGGCCAGAACAUCUUUCUACUAUAUUAAUAUACUGGUGGAUAGCGUUCGGUAUGAUCGCUGUAUUAAUUUUUGUUAUUUACAACAGUGUAGUUGCUAUUGCUUUACUACCACAAACACAUUUAAGGCCAGCGAAAUUGCAGAGUCUCGAAAACAAUAUAAUCGAUGGGUCUCCAAAUGCUUUGUUACCUAAUAUAUUUAUGCACGUUUUUGUGACUAAUAAUGAUAUUUUAAAUGUUAAAGAACAUUUAAGGUAUAUAGAACCAUUUGCAAAGAAAUAUUCAGCAUUUCAAAAGAACCUUAUUUUUGUUAUUAAUGACUCGACCGAUGAUGUUAUCAGUGUCAGUGAUGAAAUGAAGAACGAAAUAGCUUUAAAUUCUCUUUGGUCAAAACAAAACGAUGUUGUUAAAGGGAGAUUUGAAAAUAAAAUAACAUAUAAGGUCAUCUCACUUUCCAAAUAUAUGGACGACUCUCCAAUAAGAAAGGUUUGGCGACGUUUACCACAACAAUUUAUGCAGUUUCUGACAAGAUGUAUAGCAGUUUGGGAAAAAGGGGGAAUCGCAUUUAAUCCUGAAAUACUUGCCUCUCAACACUUUAGUCCAGUUUACAAACAAAAAAUUUAUACGUUUUUAAAUCAAUAUGUUAACGUUACUAAGACCACGCCGCAAUAUAAAAAGAAUGAAAAAAUUAAAAAUAAAAGAAGAUUGAACAAUAUUCGUGAUAUUAUAGAAAAUUUAGAAAAUGAAAAUAAUAGUAAUCAAAUUCAAUAUAACCUUUCAGAGGCCGAAAAUGUGAAGAUUAUAUCAACUGUUAAUUAUAGCACAAAAAGUAGGAGAGACAUCCGAUUGGAGACCUUAAAAAAGCGUAAUACGAGAAAAAGUGUAUCUCAGGAACAAAUCGAUACAAGCAAGCUAAAUAAUUAUUAUAAUAUUAAUAAUAAUAACAACUCUAACUUAACUACCUUUUCUAAAAAACAAAACAACAAGAGUAAAGGAAACGAUAUAACAAGUAAACAAAAACUGUUACCCAUUUUUCUAAACUUUUUGUCUCCAGAUCCCCCAAAAAGCUUAGAACAUAAUGAAUCAAUAAGUGAAACACAAAAGAAAAGACUCAUGAUACACGAUAAUGAUUCAUUUACAAAAUCAAAGAAAGGCAAAAAUCAUAAUCACUCUCCAAGACCCAAACAAACGAAAGAAUUAAAAUUUUCAGAUUAUGCUGUUGAUAAUACAAAAUUGUCCGUCGAUUUAAAAGGUAAUUUAGUCGCAACUAAUACAUCUUGCCACGCAUUUAUUGGUUCAGUUUUUAGUAAUGCUAUACAUCAUUCUGAAGAAGAAUCCGUUACAGAUUUUAUCAUAAAAGAAUUAUCAAUAUUUUGUAAAGGAAUUUUGUCUGCGUGUAAUGGUGUGGAUGUUAUUUUAUGAUAAGUUUUAUUUUAUAAUCAUUAGUCGUAUUACAUUUUAUUGUUAUGUUUUUAGAUUCGAAUUGAAAUAAAAGGUUAAAUUG